CCACCUUCUAUUGGCUUCAACCUCUCCCACUUCUUGACAUCUGAGCAGAUCUGAGAACGGCUCAUCUAGGUCCGCGUGUUUAUGCAGCGGAGACUGGCCACUAGGGCUAAAGACCUGGAUUAUUUGAGCUCAGCUGCCUGCUGCAGAGUCUGUCGGUGCCGUUUUGGAAAAAAAAAAUCCCAGCCCCGAUCUGUUUACAGUGAAAGUUGACAAAGGGUGGUGAAGUUGGAUCUUUCCUAAACUCUCCUGCCUGGAACCUGAGACUUGCAUGCCAUGGAUCACACACUCUUUGGCUGCCUGCGCAGCCCCCAUGCCACUGCGCAGAGCUUGCACCCUUUCUCCCAGUCUUCUCUUGCCCUGCAUGGAAGAUCUGACCACAUGUCCUACCCUGAUCUGUCUUCUUCUUCUUCCUCUUGCAUAAUAGCGGGAUACCCCAAUGAGGAGGGCAUGUUUGCCAGCCAACAUCAUAGGGGGCACCAUCACCAUCACCAUCACCACCAUCACCACCACCAGCAACAGCAGCACCAAGCUUUGCAGACGAACUGGCAUAUUCCUCAGAUGUCGUCUCCUCCCGCCGCGGCCAGGCACAGCCUCUGCCUUCAGCCUGACUCAGGAGGACCCCCGGAGCUGGGCAGCAGCCCCCCUGUCCUGUGUUCGAACUCUUCCAGCCUGGGCACCAACACCCCCACGGGGGCAGCAUGUGCGCCAGGGGACUAUGGCAGGCAGGCUCUGUCCCCGGUGGAAACAGAGAAGAGGUCCGGCAAAAGGAAAAGCGACAGCUCAGAUUCCCAAGAAGGAAACUACAAGACAGAGGUCAACAGUAAACCCAGGAAGGAAAGGACAGCUUUCACCAAGGAGCAAAUCAGAGAGCUAGAAGCAGAAUUUGCUCAUCAUAACUAUUUGACCAGGCUGAGACGAUAUGAGAUAGCAGUAAAUCUGGAUCUCACUGAAAGACAGGUAAAAGUUUGGUUUCAGAACAGACGGAUGAAAUGGAAGCGUGUAAAAGGGGGCCAGCAAGGGGCAGCAGCCCGGGAGAAGGAACUGGUGAAUGUGAAAAAGGGCACGCUGCUCCCCUCCGAGCUCUCCGGCAUCGGCGCUGCCGGGCUCCAGCACACGGGGGACUCACUAGCCAACGACGACAGCCACGACAGCGACCACAGCUCUGAGCACGCACACUUAUGAUACACAGAGAGUGUCCGAGCUCUGUUCUCAGGAAAGAUGCUUUGCUGGAAGGCCUUACACAGGCAUCGUUUACUUAUGCAAGUGACUCUGGCAGUGAUCUUUAAAGUUGUUAUGGAAAAUUCAGGCUUUUUGUGUCUGCUUUUCUUGAUUCUUAGAUGGUUUACAGUAAGUGCCAUGUCUUAAAGGUGCCUCAAGAGUGGAGAAGUGGAAGACAAACUUACUUUGAACAUUCCAGAUUUGUUUGUCGUUUUUAUGACAGCGGGCAGGUAUUUUUGCUUAAGCUUGCACUGAAAAUUACAUUGCUCUCAAAGACGUUAUAUUCUGAAAACCACAGUGCCACAAAAUCACUAUCUAGUGGAUAAGAAAUGUAUUUUUACUCUGUAUAUAUUUACCUUACAGCAUUUUCCUGUCUUCACUAAUUUUUAGCAAUGCGUUCAUAUUAGCUGAUGGCAAUAGUCACUCAUGACAAUAAAUGGCUUUUUGUCUCUGUAUCUUUGUUUUGUUUUACCAAAGACAUACAAUACAUGCAGAUACUUUUGUUCAAGUAGAGAACAAUACAAUAGUGUCUGCUAGGACACAUCCUUGUAUGACAGACAAAACAAACCUUAUGUUGCAUUUACUAUCAACUGCUGCUAAUAGGGUAUUAUUAAAUUUACCUAGCUCCUCAAUUCUUCCUAUCUUAUAAUUGCAAAAAACUGAUUUUUACAAUCAUAAGGAUAGUCCAGUAACCUGCCAAAAAUGUCAUGAUCCACUCAUGCUCAGUGGAAACUUUCCAAAGGAUUAUUUGUCUCUACUUUGUCAUAAUUGAGUACAUUGAUAAAUGCUGAAACUCUACAGAAAUGUUGUUGCUUCAUGUUCAGUUUGAAAAAACAGGAGAUAAACUGAAAGCUGUUAUCAACUGCUUAUGUUGGUAGGAAUCAAAAUAUGAAGGUAACUCUAUAUUGUGUCCCAUGAGUAAAAUCAAAGCAUAUUUUCUGUUAUAAGCUUUUGUGUACAUAUAGGCAAAUACCAAACCCCAAAAUUUACUGCAAACUAUUGAUUGUACUUUGUAAAGAAAUAUGUUUAAUAAA